GAGGCUCCGUGUCCAUCUAUCCAUUAAGCUUCAAGGCAAAAUAAGAAGACUCGCAGCACCACGACCAUGUCCACAGUGUUCGACCUGGGAGUCGAUCACUCGCGCCGCGAGCUCCUUGGCUAUGGCGCCACACCUCCAGACCCUCGCUGGCCAGGUGGGGCCAGGAUUUGCGUGUCGUUUGUCGUCAAUUACGAAGAAGGCGCCGAGCAUAUCGGCACCUCGCCGUCGUCGUCGACAGGCUCACGGGAGAACUACAACGAAAACGACGGCCAUGCCGAGGUUUUUCUCACAGAGAGCGGUGUGGGACCUACGGUGGGUACUCCAAAGCCGCAACGCAACCUCAACGUCGAGCAGCAGUACGAGUUCGGUGCCCAUCGAGGGUUCUGGAGGAUACUUGCCCUCUUCAAGCGACACAACCUCCGAUUCACCUCUUGGGCUGUGGGCAGGGCCGUGCAGCUCAACCCUUCCGUGGCCAAGGCGAUGGAAGAGGCCAAGUGUGAGGUGGCCUCGCACGGCUGGCGGUGGAUCGAUUACGCUUCCCUCACGGAGCAGGAGGAGACGCAGCACGUCAAGCUGGCCAUCGACGCACUAGCCAAAGCUUCGUCUGAUGGCAAGACAAGACCCCGUGGCUGGUACACGGGCAGACAGAGCUUGCAGACGCGAAGAAUCGUCUACGAAACGUAUCGUGAGCUGGGCAUGGCCGAGCAGUACUACGAUUCGGACGCCUAUGAUGAGGACCUGCCCUACUACGUCAAGUCUCCGUCGCCGUCCAAAGAAAAGGCCUCGCCGCCCCUGCUUGUCAUCCCUUACACGCUCGACAACAACGACAUGAAGUUUGGCAUCGCUCCUGGUUUCAGCACCUCGGACCACUUCUUCACCUACCUCAAGGACGCCUUUGACGUCCUUCUGGCCGAGGGCAAGGCGGGCGAGCCAAAGAUGAUGUCCAUUGGUCUGCAUUGCCGCAUGGUCGGUCGGCCAGGAAGGUUGGCCGGCCUGGCCAGAUUUAUCGAUUACGUCAAGGAGCACGAGCAGACGGGGCUGGCUUGGGUACCGACAAGGGACGAGAUCGCAGACCACUGGAGAAAAACGUACCCUCCUCAGCAAUAGAAUUGGAUUUGUCACUGGCUUCAUUUGCUUUGCUCCUGCUUGCGUACGGAUGUCGCGGCUCUCUGUGAUGGUAGUUGGGGACCCUCCGCUCGAACGCCUUGUUCCCUGUCAUGGGAAUUCCAAAGGCUUCGCAACACCGGUGUCUGUAUGCUAUCCUUGCAAGUUCUGAU